GUCGCGACAUUUGUGUCAAAAGCAAUGCAAGCUCGCACACAGCGCAAAAACGUGGAAUUAUUGGACCAUACUCCAUAUAGUCCCGAAAAAGUCCUAACGAUUUCUUUACUUUCCCGAAAAUUAAAAACAGACUGCGUGGUCAAAGGUUCCAGUCACCAGAAGAAGCAGUUGACGCGUUCAAAAAUGCCGUUUUGGAUCUGUAAGCAAAAGAGUGGAAAAGUGCUUCGAAAAUUGGUUCGAGCGCAUGCAGAUGUGUAUUAAUCUUCAUGGAGAAUACUUCGAAAAACAAUAAAGUCAUUUAAAACUACCUACC